UUUUGUCGAAAUAGCUGACUUUGUUUAAUUGCUAGUUAUUUUGAAGAUCAUACAUUAAGAUGGCUCAGGUUCAACCCCCAGCAUCAGGUCCACAUAAUGUUGUGGUUACACAACCUGGCCCCGCUACUGUGGUUGUCUCCCAGCCUCAUCAGAGGGACUGGAUGGUCCCCGCCAUACUCACUUGUUUUUGUUGUUUCUGGCCGACUGGAAUCGUCGCCAUACUUUUCGCUUAUAAGGCAAAACAAGCAGCAUCAAGUGGCGACGUUCAUGAAGCGGAAGUCCAGACUAAACGUGCACGCCUGUUUGUCUUCAUUUCUCUUGCUGUCGGAAUCGUUCUUCUUACAAUUAUAAUAAUCAUACGAGCAACAGCCCCAAGUCAAUAAUAAACCAUUCGGAGGACCUCUAUAUUCCAGAUCUAUGAGACUUAAGAAACUUGAACACUUAUAUAUCCGUGAGUGUGGUGUAUUAACAGAAGGAUUCGCUUUACUCAGACAGUAUAAUUUUUCAAAAACAUUACUCUAAGUCAAAACUAUAUUAAAUGCACAUAGGAUUUUC